AUGGCUUUAAAGCUUGAUAUGAGUAAAGCUUUUGAUAAAGUUGAAUGGGGCUGCCUUCAUGAUAUAAUGUUAAAGAUGGGUUUUAAUACUAAAUGGGUUAACCUUAUGAUGCUUUGUGUUACCUCUGUUACAUAUUCCAUCAGGAUCAAUGGCGAGCCCCGUGGCCAUAUCACCCCUACGAGAUGCUUGCGACAAGGGGACCCCAUAUCCCUUUUUCUUCUCUUGUUUUGUGCAGAAGGACUAUCCGCCCUCCUCAAUCAAGCCUCUAGAAGUGGGGCAAUCCAUGGUGUUGCUGCAUGCCCACGGGGUCCACAGAUCUCCCACCUUUUCUUUGCAGAUGAUAGUAUAAUCUUCUGUCGAGCCACUAGUGUUGAUUGUACUCACCUACAACACAUCUUGGAGACCUAUGAACAAGCAUCUAGCCAACAACUCAACCAUGACAAGACUACCUUAUUCUUCAGCAAAAACAGAACACUUGAGGUCGGAAAGGAAAUCCUCAUCAAGGCAGUGGCUCAAGCGAUUCCCACCUAUACAAUGAGUGUUUUUAAGCUUCCAGACUCCCUUUAUGAUGAGAUGACAAGUAUGGGCUGGCACCUUCAAAGCAACACACGCUCCCUAGUUCAUCGUGUUCUCAAGGCAUGUUACUUCCCUGACCGUGACUACAUCCAUGCUGAAUUGGGCCGAACACCCUCCUAUGCUUGGAGAAGCAUAAUGGCUGCCCAAGAUGUUGUUGGGGCCGGUCACCGAUGGAGCAAUGAGUCCAUAGACCACCUUCUCAGGGAGUGCGAAAUAGCUCAAAAAUUCUGGCAAGAAUUGCAAAUCCCUUAUUGCCUAAGAGAUUCCUUUAAGCUUCGAAUUGGAGAGUGGCUUGAACUCAAUUGCAAGGCUAGGAUGAGCUCCAAAUUUAUGGGUAUUCUGUGGAAGUUACUGUUUCUGAUGGGAGUAUGGCAGCUAUGGUUACAUUGGAAUAACUUUGUGUUUUGGACAGAACUGUGGGCACUAAGAGAUGGGCUGAACUUGGCAAGGGAGCUCAGGUUGAAUAACCUUAUUAUAGAACUUGAUGCUUUAAGUGUUGUAAUUCUCAUGAACAAUGACUCUAAAAAUUUGUUGAUGAAACCCCUCCUAACUGAUUGCAAGAACCUAUUGAAGGCAAUCCCAAAUAAGUAG